AUGGCAUCCAGAACGGUGGACGUGAGAUGGCAGGAAAGAGGUCCUAGAUCCAUACCGGGUGAUUAUGAUUCAAAUGCAAUCGAGUCGUUUAACGACAGCGUGCUAGUCAAAAAAGAUUUGGAAAACGAAAUAGUAGUCGUACGGGAAACGGGGGCUGCGGCUGUCGCUGCCGCGGCGGCGUCGGCGUCGGCGGUGACGGUGACGACGACGACGCGUUCGCCUGGCAUCAAAUCCGAACCCCAGGGAGGAACGUCAUCAAAUUUGUAUUUGACAAACACUUCACUCGAUGACAUAUUCAUCAGCGUGAAAACCACUAGAAAUUAUCACAAGUGGCGGUUGCCGGUGAUACUGAAAACUUGGUUUCAAUUAGCAAAAAAUCAGACGUGGUUUUUCACGGACACGGAUGAUUUUGAAUUUCAAAAAAAAACAGAUGGUCACAUGAUAAACACAAAUUGUUCAUCUUCUCACAACAGGAAAGCUCUUUGUUGCAAGAUGUCGGUGGAAUUUGACGUUUUUCUAGAAAGUAAUAAAAAGUGGUUUUGUCAUUUCGACGAUGACAAUUAUGUAAACGUUCCGAGGUUAGUCACUAUACUUAGGAAUUACAAUUCGCAACAAGACUGGUACCUUGGUAAGCCUAGCAUUCGAGCACCUUUGGAAAUAAUAACUAAGGAUGUCAAUUCCAGAAAGAUCUCAUUUUGGUUUGCGACGGGAGGAGCUGGAUUUUGUUUAAGUCGGGCUUUAGCAUUAAAAAUGAUGCCCGUAGCCAGCGGUGGGAAAUUCAUUAGCGUAGGUGAAAAAAUUCGGUUGCCGGAUGACGUCACGAUGGGUUACAUAAUAGAGCAUUUAUUAAGGAAGCACUUGACGGUUGUGGAACAAUUCCAUUCUCAUUUAGAACCGAUGAAAUUUCUCAGGAGGAAUUCGCUCCAGGAUCAGAUCUCUUUUAGUUAUUCGAGAUACGGAAAAGAUGAUUUAAACGUGGUUAAAAUCGAAGGUUUCGAUUAUAAAAUCGAUCCAACGAGAUUUUUAUCCCUUCACUGUUUCCUUUUUCCUAAUUUUAAAUUUUGCCCGAGGUGA